GGCCUGGCCUUGCUCCUGGACUCUGGUAUUGGCCAGAACUCGGGGGUGGGGAAGGGCGGUCUGAAGACCUGACAAAGCGAAGCCAGUCCGUUUCUGGCAGCUCUCUCGGAACAGUCGAGGCUAGAUUGACACGGAGCCUGUCUGUUCAGACCACAGCACCAUGCCCAUGACACUGGGUUACUGGGACAUCCGUGGGCUAGCCCACGCCAUUCGCCUGCUCCUGGAAUACACAGACUCAAGCUAUGAGGAGAAGAGAUACACCAUGGGCGAUGCUCCUGACUAUGACCAAAGCCAGUGGCUGAAUGAGAAAUUCAAGCUGGGCCUGGACUUUCCUAAUCUGCCCUACUUAAUUGAUGGAUCACACAAGAUCACUCAGAGCAAUGCCAUCCUGCGCUACCUUGGCCGCAAGCACAACCUGUGUGGAGAGACAGAAGAAGAGAGGAUUCGUGUGGACAUUCUAGAGAAUCAGCUUAUGGACAACCGCAUGGUGCUGGCGAGGCUUUGCUAUAACACUGACUUUGAGAAGCUGAAGCCCGGGUACCUGGAGCAACUGCCUGGAAUGAUGAGGCUUUACUCUGAGUUCCUGGGCAAGCGGCCAUGGUUUGCAGGGGACAAGAUCACCUUUGUGGAUUUCAUUGCUUACGAUGUGCUUGAGAGGAACCAAGUGUUUGAGGCCAAGUGCCUGGAUGCGUACCCAAACCUGAAGGACUUCAUAGCGCGCUUCGAGGGCCUGAAGAAGAUUUCUGACUACAUGAAGACCAGCCGCUUCCUCCCAAGACCCAUGUUCACAAAGAUGGCCACUUGGGGCGGCAAGUAGGGCCUUGACGGGGUGGGCUGUAGGAGAAAGAUAGUAGAUAUCCUGGAGCCCUGGGGAGCAGGCAGGAUCCAUGCAGCCCCAGAGCCACCAUUUUCUACUUCCUUCCAUCCCAUUCCAGAUCCCAAGCCUCACCAGCUCUCUUUUUUGGUCAUCCAAUCCCUUCCCAACACAGGCUCUUAAAAGCCCUAGCAACUCUUUUCCAUUAGCAAAGUAUCCUUCUAAAGCUAAAGUCCUCCCCAUUCCCCCACCACCACUUAGAGGCUCAUGUGUUCGGAUACUUGAUUCCUAACCCAUGGCUAUUUUGGGCAGUUGCAGGCUCUCCAGUAGGUGGAGUCUAUAUGGCAACAGUAGAUUGCUAGGGGCUUUGACCACUGUAGUGAAGCCUCUCUUCUGCUUGCUGUUUCCUGAGACAAGAUAUGAGCUAGGUGUGGUGUGACCCCAGCACCUGUCACUGCAUCUGUGACCCUCUUCUAUCACUCUUUCUCCCUGCUCCUAUGAGCUGUACCUCCUGAACCAUGAACCAGAAUAAAUUAUUCUCCCCUUA